GGUCGUCCUUUCCAGAAAAAAUGGCAGCUGUUGACAUCGACAUGCCGGUGGAAACAGAGCCGCAGAUCCGCAACCAGGAUGACCUGGAACGUCAGGCCGAAGGCUUCAAAGAGCAAGGAAACGCGUUCUACAGCAAGAAGGAUUACUCAGAGGCUUUCAACUAUUACACAAAGGCCAUUGACGCAUCCCCCAGAAAUGCCAGCUAUUAUGGAAACAGGGCGGCCACCCUCAUGAUGCUCUGUCGCUUUCGAGAGGCCCUAGAAGAUUCCCAGCAGGCUGUGCGUCUGGAUGACUGUUUCAUGAAGGGGCAUCUACGUGAAGGAAAGUGCCACCUGUCUUUGGGAAAUGCCAUGGCGGCAAGUCGCUGCUUUCAGAAGGUUCUGGAGCUGGAGCCCAGCAACAGAGAAGCUCAGCAGGAGAAUAAGAAUGCAACAACGCUGCUGGAGUACGAGAAAAUGGCAGAUUUCGGCUUUGAAAAGCGGGAUUUCAGAAAGGUGGUGUACUGUAUGGACCGGGCCUUGGCUUUGGCUUCUGCCUGCCAUCGCUUCAAAAUCCUGAAGGCAGAGUGUCUUGCUUUACUGGGACGCUAUCCUGAAGCUCAGUCUGUUGCAAGUGACAUCCUGCGUAUGGACUCCACAAAUGCCGACGCGCUGUACGUUCGAGGACUGUGUCUUUACUACGAAGACUGCAUCGACAAAGCAGUACAGUUCUUUGUCCAGGCUCUGCGCAUGGCACCUGAUCAUGAAAAGGCGCGGUUAGCCUGCAGGAAUGCCAAAGCCUUAAAAGCCAAGAAAGACGAGGGCAACCAGGCAUUUAAGAGCUGCAGCUAUGAAGCCGCCUACCAGCUGUACACUGAGGCGCUGACGAUAGACCCCAACAACAUCAAGACCAACGCUAAACUCUACUGCAACAGAGCCACGGCAGGAGCAAAGCUGAAGAAACUUAAUCAAGCCAUCGACGACUGUACCAGUGCAAUCAAACUAGAUGACACUUACAUCAAGGCCUACUUAAGAAGAGCUCAGUGUUACAUGGACACAGAGCAGUAUGAAGAGGCUGUACGGGACUAUGAAAAAGUUUACCAGACAGAAAAAACCUCAGAUCACAAGCAUCUGCUGAAGACGGCACAGAUGGAGCUGAAGAAGAGCAAACGGAAAGAUUAUUACAAGGUGCUCGGAGUCGGCAAGAACGCCACAGAGGACGAGAUCAAGAAAGCGUACCGCAAGCGGGCCCUCAUGCACCACCCAGACCGCCACAGUGCAGCGACUCCAGAGGUGCAGAAGGAGGAGGAAAAGAAAUUCAAGGAAGUGGGCGAGGCCUUCACCGUCCUCUCUGACCCGAAGAAGAAGAUCCGCUAUGACAACGGGCACGACCUGGAAGAUGACGGCUGCUUUGAUGGUGGAGACUUUGAUGCAAACAACAUCUUCAGGGCUUUCUUUGGUGGCCAUGGUGGAGGAUUUAGCUUCGAUUCCAGUCCAGACAAUGGGCCUGGUAAUUUCUUUUUCCAGUUCGGUUAAAGCAAAGGAGCACGUGGGGAAAUUGCAGCCUUGCAGAGGACAAAAGUUGGACCCACAGUCACUUCACGAUGCUCAUAAUCCUGAGUGCAAAAUCUCCCCGCUAUUGUUUCUCAAGAGGUCUUUGAUUAUUGCAUUCACUCCCAAAUUUACUCCCUACAUUGAUGCUAACAGACACUGGGAAGGAUAAUUCAGAGGCUUUAGUUAUGAUUUAACAUAUUUAAGUACUUAAGAAGUCUUUUUGAAGAGAUUUGGAUCAGCUGAUCAGAGCAUGUCUCUUUUGCCAAAAUUGACUUUACGAUAAAUAAAAUCUUCUCUUGUAAAACUGCCUCGGCCAUCAUAAAAGGUGAUCAGUAGUGAGGACGUGUAAAAGCACGAUGGUUGGUUAUUUUUUAGAGGACAUAACAAUGUAUACAUCUUUAAGGCUCCCCUAGGAUGGCAUAUCUCCAUAGAGCAAGAGUCAGUGUACUGUGGAAGUUCAAUGUCAAAACUGACCUCAGGACAGCCUGUUUAGGACAGCGCUGUUCUCUUGCGAGUAUGUGUCCAGGUUUUAUUGGCUCACUUGCCAAAUAUAGUAUCGACUUGCAGGGUUUUUCUUUCUUCUCCAUGCUGCGUUGUAUAUUUGACUCGAAUGUAAAGCAUUAUGUGUUCACACGUUUUUCUUCGGUCUUCCCUCAGUCCGUGUAUAUUUAUUGUACUGAAUAUCCUAAAAUGUAUGCAGCAGAAUGCCAGUGGUCUUUGUCUUCCUCCUUUUUUUAAGAGACUCAUUUGUAAAUGUUUUCCACGUCAUCCAAAAAAAAAACUUUUUAUGAUACAGGCCAAAAUCAGAAUCCAUCUACAGAUUUUUUUUUCUUUUUCUGCUGUAAGCAAUUUGACACUCGCUUUGACUAAACAAGCCACACAUCUGCUCCAUUCAAAUUCAUUCAAAAGUGGUGCCUUACCAGAAGCUUCUUCCAGUGAAACCUCCAUCAGUCACUGCAGAGCAAGCCACAUCCUAUUUGAAAAAGGCAGCAUUUACACUUGUAUAGCAUGUUUUUUUUUUUUGUUUCGUUUUGUUUUGUUUUUUGUGCUUUUCCAUAGGAAGACAUGUCAUGUCCCCUAAAGUUCAAUUUUUGCAACUGAGAUCGUCAUCAUGUCUAACAUGAAGGACUUCAAUUUGGUUUCAUGCCAUCUGUCACGCCUAGCUGUCAUCCUCCUAUACUUGUCAUGCACGUUCGGUCAGUACAGCCCUUCCCCUACUCGUUCCACCUGUUUACGGGGGCGUCGAUAGCAGGGUGGAAGCUUCUGUUGUUGUUUGUUCUGUCACUGAUCUGUGAAUCAUUUUUAAAACUUGUUACAGUAUUGACAAGACGUGCUUUUUUUAAAUUGUGAAAAUAAAGGCUCGUCUUUUACUGUA